CCGCCCAGGAGCGAACGAUUGCGCUCUUUACCGGAAGUGCAUGUGCUGCCGAUGUGGUGUCUACUGACUGCAGUUCCAGUUACUCGCCCUUGUUUCAGUGGCUGGGUGUCUGCUGCGCACCAUGGCGCCCAAAGGAAAAGUGGGUACCAGAGGGAAGAAACAGAUAUUUGAAGAGAACAAAGAAACUCUCAAGUUUUACCUUCGGAUCAUACUGGGAGCCAACGCCAUCUACUGCCUUGUAACCUUGGUCUUCUUCUAUUCCUCUGCCUCAUUCUGGGCCUGGAUGGCCCUGGGCUUUAGCUUGGCCGUGUACGGGGCCAGCUACCACUCUAUGAGCUCGAUGGCUCGGGCAUCCUUCUCUGAGGAUGGGUCCUUGAUGGAUGGUGGCAUGGACCUCAACAUGGAGCAGGGCAUGGCAGAGUGAGUGUCCCCCAUCGCCAGCUCAGGGUUGGUUUCUUUAGCGGCUGGAUUCUGCCUGAGCAUCACCCACCUGAUGAUCCAUCAGUGUCAUCUACCGUGGCUCCAGCCAGCGUCUCCGCUCGGCCUUGGGCCAGAGCAGCCUGCUUCUCCGUCUCUGCUGCCGCCACAUUCUCCAGGAACCGGGCUCUGAAGAGAGAGGCAUGUCAACGGUGGUGUCUGACCCAAGUCCAGCCCAGGGUGGCACACAUGCCUUGCUGAGCCACUGGGCACUGCCCUCAGUUGCAAGCACACACAGGCACGUGGGACAGUCCAUGCACUAGGUAUACCUCUGCCAACCCGCCAACCCAUAUCCCAGGAGUUACAACCAACUCGCUGUUCUUGGUCAAAGUACAGAAGUUCUACUGACAUCUAACUUGAAACCUUGUUAAGGAAUCUAUGUUCAUUGUCCCGAUUCUAAAUAAGAUCCUUAGAGUUAGGGAAGGAGAUAGUUGUCCCAACAGGCACAACAGACUUCUUACAGGCCUGUCUGCUUUUGGGAGUUACAGUGGAGAAAAGGCUCUGUUAACAGUGUGCACUCAAUUUGUGUUGAAAUAUAAAUGCUACCUAUUUGUGUCUUCCCUUCCUUUCCUCUCUUCUUCUCAACCUCCUCUUUUUUUUCUUUUUGAGACAAAGUCUCAGGUAGGUCAGACUAUUCCAAAGUUACUAUGUAGCUGAAGAUGACCUUGAAUUCUCUGUUAGCCCUGGCUGUCCUGGAACUCACUCUGUAGACCAGGCUGGCCUCGAACUCAGAAAUCUGCCUGCCUCUUGAUGCUCUGUCUCCACCCCCAAGUGUUAGAAUUACAAGGUGUGUGCUGCCACCGUACCUGUUA